GAGGCGGAGUAGUCUGAUGACAAAAGCCGUUGGAAAUUGUUCGCUGAAGUGCCAUUGCUAACUUCUGCCGACAAUCCUCUUAACGUCUCUCUUUUGUAUAUCAAAAAAAUCAAAAAAACUUCAAAAUGCGUGAAUGUAUCUCAAUCCACGUUGGACAGGCUGGAGUCCAGAUUGGUAAUGCCUGCUGGGAGCUGUACUGCCUUGAGCAUGGAAUCCAGCCCGAUGGACAAAUGCCAUCUGACAAGACCAUCGGAGGGGGUGACGACAGCUUCAACACUUUCUUCAGUGAAACUGGAGCUGGAAAGCACGUACCACGUGCUGUCUUCAUCGAUUUGGAGCCUACUGUAGUCGAUGAAGUACGUACUGGCACCUACCGUCAACUAUUCCACCCCGAGCAGCUGAUAACCGGCAAGGAGGACGCAGCCAACAACUACGCCCGUGGCCACUACACCAUCGGCAAAGAGAUCGUCGACCUGGUUCUCGACAGAAUUCGCAAGCUAGCAGACCAGUGCACAGGUCUCCAAGGUUUCCUCAUCUUCCACUCGUUCGGCGGUGGUACUGGAUCAGGCUUCACCUCCCUCCUCAUGGAGCGUCUCUCCGUGGACUACGGAAAGAAAUCAAAGCUCGAAUUCGCCAUCUACCCAGCUCCCCAAGUAUCCACUGCCGUUGUUGAGCCCUACAACUCCAUUCUGACGACCCACACGACCCUUGAGCACUCAGACUGUGCGUUCAUGGUGGACAACGAGGCAAUCUACGACAUCUGCCGCAGGAACCUGGACAUCGAGCGGCCAACCUACACGAAUUUGAACAGACUGAUUGGGCAGAUUGUUUCGUCAAUCACAGCAUCCCUUCGUUUCGACGGAGCCCUCAACGUCGAUUUGACUGAGUUCCAGACCAACUUGGUGCCCUACCCGAGGAUUCACUUUCCCCUGGUGACCUAUGCACCAGUUAUAUCGGCUGAGAAGGCCUACCACGAGCAGCUGUCUGUCGCUGAGAUCACCAACGCCUGCUUCGAGCCAGCAAAUCAGAUGGUCAAGUGUGACCCACGUCAUGGGAAGUACAUGGCUUGCUGCAUGCUCUACAGGGGUGACGUCGUCCCCAAGGACGUCAACGCAGCCAUCGCCACCAUCAAGACCAAACGUACCAUCCAGUUCGUCGACUGGUGUCCAACUGGUUUCAAGGUGGGCAUCAACUACCAACCACCAACUGUCGUGCCUGGUGGCGAUCUUGCCAAGGUCCAGAGGGCUGUCUGCAUGCUCUCCAACACCACAGCCAUCGCCGAGGCUUGGGCUCGUCUUGAUCACAAGUUCGAUCUCAUGUAUGCCAAACGCGCUUUCGUCCACUGGUACGUCGGCGAGGGUAUGGAGGAGGGAGAGUUCUCAGAGGCCCGUGAGGAUCUCGCUGCUCUUGAGAAGGAUUACGAGGAGGUUGGCAUGGACUCUGCUGAGGGAGAGGGCGAGGGCGCCGAGGAGUACUAAGUCGUCGGGAACCCUUUCGACAACAUCGAGAUUUCUUGGUUCUUUUAUAUUUCUGUUUCUCUUUGUAUUUAUUUGAACAUUCAGGAAUUCCGAAAAUGGAAAUAAAUUUUUUAGUCUCGAUGGAAAAAUACAUGAUUUAAAAUUAU